CGGUGCAGCGGUGCCGGCGCUGGUUGGCCAAGGCGAAGGCCCGCGCAGCGACGGUGGCCAUGGACCGCGGCAAGGCGGCCAGGGCCAAGUUGAAGGUUUCGCGCGCCCAGAAGAGACUGACGGCCACCGAGCGCCAACUGAAGGACUUCCUGGCGACACGACGUGCCCUCCAGUCGCAGGUCUUCAUCUUCGUCAUCCCCACGCCGGCGAUCCGAGCAGUGCCGCGAAGGGAGUGGAGAGGGAGGCGGAGCGGUAAAUCGGCCCUUCUAGGGCGAGAAGGGGUUGUGCUGCGGCGAGGAACGGCGGGGCGCUGGCCCAAGACACGGCACGUGGAUCCGGGCUUGGUCCUCCGUAUCGCUCUCGAUGGACGCGAGGCGCAUGCCUUGCGAGGCGCACUUCUCCAUGGCACGCCACCAGUUUACCUGCCAACAGAAGGAUUACAUUUGAUGGCCGGUUUUCACACCGCACCUACACCGCAAGACAGCGUGCAAGGCCGCGAACCCCAUGCUGCUGUCAAGGAGAAAGAGACACGUGAAACGACCACCGAGAAAGGGGAGGGCCUCAACCUGCAGGCCACCACGGUCAGCGGCGACGCAGCGAAGCUGAAAACGCCCAGUCGAGGACCCAUCCCGGUGGAUACGCUUGUCGUUGGGAACAAGACUUUCGAACUGGUUACGGCGAACACGCUGGACUGGUACAACGCCGUCGCAGAGUGCAUUUCGAAAGGGAUGCUUCUCGCAUCCAUCGAGAGUCAAGAAGAGAACGACCUACUGGCCAAGUACGUCCGAGAAAACGGUCUGAGCGGCUCGUCUUUUUGGAUCGGAGGAUCGGACCACGCCGACACUGGUGUGUUCACGUGGACGCAGACGGGCAAACCAGUGACGUACGACAACUUCCAAGUUUGGCCGCCAGUACGCUACGAUGAGGAACACCGUGAAGCAAGCCACUGCAUGUGUACUUACACUGACAUUCUACUUUGGAAGACCGAUUUUUGCGUCAAUGUUCAGCGUCCCUUCAUCUGCAACAAAGAGAGGAAGGUUAUUACUGUUGAGUUUGAGGUGUAGUCAUUCGUUUUUCAGGCAUGCAUGCACUUUAGAGUAACAAUUAAAGAAUUAUAACCUCA